CGAGCACUUUUAUAUCGCGUGGGCAGUGCGGGAGAUAGCAGUUUCCCAACGUCAUCUACCGGUUGGCGUUGGACUUUAGUCCGUGAAACGUGUAGUUUACUGUUUAGUUUGAAGUGUUGUCGUCGUGUUCAAUACCUGUUUAAAAUCCAAAAGUGAAAUCCAACUUCCUUAAAAAUAUGGCCACUAAAUUCUUUUAUUUCGGUUUCGGGAGCAAUAUGCUGGCCAGUCGCAUUCACAUACAAAAUCCCACUGCCAAAAGGAUUGGAGCCGGCAAAUUGGAGAACUUCCGCCUGGACUUUCAUACUGGAUCGAAAAACUGGCUGGGAGCUCCUGCCACGAUUGUACCCACGACAGGAUCUUAUGUCUACGGAGCCAUUUGGGAGAUUGAUAUGUGCAAUCUCAAGGACUUAGAUGAUCAGGAAAGUGUGCCCGAUGGCGUUUAUAUUCCAAUAAGCAUUCCCGUUCACUCGUUGACAACCGAUACCACCAUCACCUGCCGUGCCUAUCACCUAACUAAUCAGCCUAAAUCCGAGCUCCAUGCAGGUGGGGUCCACGAUAAUAUACCCUUUGAUCGUCAGCCCUCGCAAACGUACCUUAAAGUAUUGGUUAAAGGAGCCAAGGAAUCCGGAAUUCCGGAGGAUUACAUCAAAUGGCUGAGGGGCAUCAAGCAUAAUGGUGUCCAAGUACCGGCUAUGGAGGCCAAACUUAAACUAGACCAAGUGCAACUGUGUUGAACAGAAGCACAUUUUAAAUAAUAUUUAUAUAAAAAUCAUUAAAGUACAAAUCUAUGUUUUGGCAAA